AGUCGCGCGCUCAGCCACCCGGGGAAAAGGAGGCUUCUCAGCUGCGCUCCUAAAUCGCUCUACCUCAGGAGCCGUUUGCCCCGGCGCUGUCCUUAAGGAGGCGCAAUUCCCAACGCGGCUGGCGGUGGGAGCCACAAAUAAGCUAAACUCUCCCACACAGGCGCGGGGGGAGAAAAAAAGACUGGUCUGGAAAAGCGUUGGGCGCAGACAGAAAGGGAUAAGCUCCGCGCGCCGCUCUGUUCCCUGUCCUUGAAGGGCGACGCUGUGGAACUUUGGAGACGCUUCUUUUUCCUCCCACCCGCCUCCAAUGUGAACACAUUUUCUACUGCAGGCUGCCCUGCUCUGGAAAGCGCCCGCUCCCUUCCCUCCCACCUCGCCAAAGGCACUUCUUUUCGCAGACAACUUCGGAGCGUAAGAAGAGGGAGGAGGCGCGCUCUCAUUUGAUAAGAGUGGCGGGUCUUUGACUCGUCUCCAGCAAGGGGAGGAGGAAGAGGAGGAGGAGGAGGCGGCGGCAGCGGCGAGGCCGCGCCGGGCCGGGCGGGGGUUCGACCAUUCUGUGCUGGAGAAACCCGGCGUACUCCCUUCCCAUGGACGGGGAGGAAGAGCGGCGGGCGAAGCGCGAGAACCGCGAGAGCAACGUCCACAGGUAGGUUGCGCCCUUGCAGAAUAAUGGAGAGCGCUCUUGGCUUGCCCUCCUGCUUUUUGUAUGUGUGCCCUUAAUAUUCUAUAUAGUAAUAUUCUCUCUAUAUAUCAUGCCACAAACGUAAAUAUAUAUAUAUAUAUAUCUUCCUGGGUUGGUGUUAAGUGGCCCCUCAGGUGUAUCUGUGAUACAGCAGGAAGUUUAAAAAAAAAACCAACAACAGCAGCAGGAUUUGCUUGAGAAAGGCAACCCAGAAAACUUAUUUACGUUUGGGGUAAAUCGAUGCUGGGAGUGCCCCAUUCCCUACUGAAAGCUCUUCUUGCGUGUGGUUUUCAGCUAAAGUUUGUAUUGCAUGAAUUCCCCUUUGGUUACUGAGUACACAGUGGGGCAGUUAUUUCUGCCCUUCAGGUUUCAGUUGGCAGUGUUGGUAUGGCUGUUUAAUUCCGUGGAUAAGUUAAUUAAGCUAAUACAUUGCCCCCCCCCCAAUAAUUAAACUUUCAAAACCCUCUUACCAAAGAUCUUGAUUUGUUACUCUUUCAGGUUUUCUUAUAAUAAAACUAACCUUUCACUGCCAGGAUUAGUCGUUUACAGCUGCCACAGUAAACACCUACUCCCUUUGGAAGGUUACAUGGAAAGAAUGAACUUGAAAAUUUCAAUCCACUCGAAAAUUAAUUUAUUUCAGUUCUUUACACUUAGUGGCAUCUUAACUUCAUAAAAUAGCAGAUUUAAUUUUUUAAAAAAUCUCUCCCCAACACCCCCCCCCAUCAUCCCUAUUGUUAUUGCCACAUAGAACUUUAGGAAAAUGCUUAAUUUGUGAAAUAAAAAUUAAAACUAUAAUAGACUCUGUCCCGAAAGGCUGUCUAAAAUACUUUAAACAAGAAGCCCUUGUUAUUAUAAGAAAUAUCAAAACAAUUUGUGUACUGCAGUACUCUAUAAAUACAGAAAUAUUAUAAAUAUGGGAGCGCAGAGGUUGGUAAUCACUGGAGAAUAUGGAAAUGCUGAAUGCUGUCUAGAUGGAAGUUAUGUUUAUAAAUUUCCUUGUAGCUGGAAAAAAGGCUCAGUGGAAUUUCUGCAGAGAUAAAUGAGACAUCAAGGAUGGGCUGACCAUCAUUUCCCUGUUUAUCACCUGACAGUGGCUAAUGGCUAUGCAAGGAUGUAACAUAAGAGCCGCCCUGCUGGAUCAGAUGAAAGAUCCAUAAUUGUUCCACAUCCUGUUCUCAACAGUGGCCAACCAGAGGCUUAUGGGGAGUCCACAAGCAGGACUUGAGUGCACCAGCACACUCUCCCCACUUGUGAAUCCUAGCAACUGGGAUUCAGAGUAACACUGCCAUUGCAGUAUUCUUUGUCCUGGUGCAUAUUAUCAGGCACAGCCGUUUAUACAAUACAGUAGCAGAGGCAGAUUAAGGAGAGCGCAACCAGUUAGGCGUGGAGCCUUGGGGACACCAUAGCUGCAAUUUAGAAUGGAGCAUGAGAGGUGCUGAAUUUUUUAAUUUGACACCCCAAGAGCUGCCACUGACUAAUAAAAGCUUUUCUCCUGAGCUGUACCACUUCAGAUUCUAUAGUGAUAAUGAUGAUUUAUUAUUUGUAUGCCGCCCAUCUGGCUGGGUUUCCCCAGCCACUCUGGGGGGCUUCCAACAAAGAUUAAAAAUUCAUUAAAAUGUCACACAUUAAAAGCUUCCCUAAACAGGGCUGCCUUCAGAUGUCUUCUAAAUGUCAGGUAGUUGUUUAUCUCUUUGACAUCUGAUGGGAAGGCGUUCCACAGGGCGGGCACCACUGGGCGCCACUACCAAGAAGGCCCUCUGCCCGGUUCCCUGUAGCUUUGCUUCUCACAGGGAGGGAACCGCCAGAAGGCCCUCGGCACUGGACCUCAAUGUCCGGGCAGAACGAUGGGGUUCUAGUUGGAACCUCGCUUGUUUGAAUGCCAUCCUCCCAACAAGGCUGAAAAGACCAAAUGGAAUGUGGAAACAUGAAGUCUUAAGUUACAAGGAAACACAGUGCGAUACUUUUUUUUUUAACAGUGCAGCAUAGAAACAUGUUGUAUUAGUAGUGCAGUCCAGGAAAGGCUUGCUCACCCACACUGCUGUAUGUAUAAAUUGCGGUUGAGCAAUUAGGAGGUAUUGUGGCCAUCUCUUUUGGAAGAGUACUUUUUAAGGAUUACGUUAUUAUCCAAAGUCCCAUGCGUGCUUUUCUGGGAGGCUUGAGAAAGUUGUGCCUUUUGCGUUUGAAUGCUAAAUAUACAACUUGUUUGUGCUGAAGCGCUGAGCUUUCCUGAACUUUUGCAGUGAUUAAAUCUGCACAGUUAUGCAUGCUUAAGUUCAGUGGAAACCAAUGGCACUUAAGCACAUGUCCUGUAGCUGAACAUUUCCCUUUAUAAGUACAUGGUGAAACUGAUACAAUUUAUUGGAAAUGUCUUAAGCGGUGAUACUUUAUUCUCUCGUUUGUCUGUUUUCAAGCAGCUAAUAGCCAGAGGCUAAAGGGAGCAGAAAAUGGAUUGAUUGACCUGCCUUAUGUAUGCAUUUAGAUAAGCAACCAUGUAAAUCAAUAUUGGUCCCAUUAUACAGAGCUUGAUGAGGUUCAGAAUUUAAUGCAAAACACACAAGUGACCUGAAAAAGGCCUUGUCUACUCUCUGCAAGAGUGUUCUAUCACUUGCCUGAGUAAACCAUGACUGUAAAACUGAGGUAAAACUCUGGUCACUGAAAAGAUCAUUGAUUUGUAACAAGUACUAAUAAAAAGAAAAAUAAUCAGGAUUAAAAUUACAAAACAUGCAAUGAUAUUACUCUGUAUAAAUGGUCCAUUAAUGUCCUGGUUAGAUAAAAAUAAUUACCAGGUUAUAAUGUGCUUUAUAUACAGUGUAAUCUUUACAACAGCCCUAUAAGAUAGGUUGAAAGUGUUACUUGGAAGGAAAAAAUAAGUAUGUAAAAGAAAUCCCUGGACGCCAAGAUCCAGGUUUGGGGCAAGUACUCUUUGGUGAGAGAGCUCCAGCAGACAUAAAAAUCACAAAAUACGCAGGAAAGUAAAGUGUGAAAUAGAUCGUUAAAAUAUGUCCUUCUAAGUUCCUUCCAAAGUCCCCCUCUUCCCUUAGCAUAGAAAAAGUCCACAAACUUGGUAAGUUAAACUCUCCAAAGGUUAGGUUCAUAUGCUUUUCCACACAGCAUUUAAAAAGCAUAGGCAGUAAAACUUGGCUUAGUUACACUGCUGAAAGUUCCUAAAUCUCUGGUAUAGAAACUCAAAAGAGGCUUACUAGAGCCAUGUGGUCUGAUCUUGGAGCAACUAGCUCAGACCUCGCAUGUUGAGCUUCUGGGGUCUACUUAGGUACAGCAGUAGGCCCAAUUAUCUUCCUCCCAAGGGGAGUGACCUAGCUAAGCCUGGCAGGACCACAUACUCUAUGGCAUUAACCCUUCCAUGCAUUAAUUAGACUUAAGCAUGUUGGUUAUAUGAGGCUGGUUAUCCCUCAGGGUAGAACCAACUGUAACCUUCCUUAGUGUUGCCAUUGUAGACUCAGCAGGGAGGAUGAUGGGGGCAAAACUAAAUUUGCUCUUCCUGUCAUUUGUUCUGGCUCCACCUACUGUUGGCCUCUUUGUCUUCUUCCCUAUCAGUCCUAAUUAGCAUCAACCACCACCAAAGCUAAUGGGUGUUAGCUGGGUGUCUACAAAAGCAGACACAUCUUCUAAACUUCUGGAAGGUUUAUUGAGCCCAUGUUGGCAUUUCCAGUCGAUAAAACAUUUUUCAUUCUGACAUUUUAAAGUCCAGUUUUUCCUCCCUCUAAGCUGCAUUUCUGGAAAAAUUUUUUUUAAUUUAGGUAUGUGAAGUUUAUAUAACUACAUAAAACUAAUAUGUGUGUACAAUGAUUUCCCUUCUGUUGCAGAGUGGAUCCAUAUGGGUUUGAAAGGCCAGCAAACUUUGACUAUACAUCAUAUGAAGAUUUUUUUUCUAGAUACCUAGUGAUACUCACUAGGAGGGCAAUUAAAUGGUCCAAGCUUUUAAAGGGUAACCGCGGUGUACCGAAAAGCUUAAAAGGUAAUAUUCCAAUAUGAAGCUGUUCCUUGUUUCCUUCUCCUGUAUGAAAUCUUGCUUGAAUCUUUUCAAUAAUAGUUUUUCAAUAGGGGGAGGUGGACAUUGUUUUCACAUUUAUUGUAGCGCCAAUGUCUUACACCUACCCCACUUUAGACCUUACUUUGAUUCUUUCUGGACAAACAAUGUAAUCUAUACAAAUGUACUCUGAAGUAUAUUCUAGUGCAGGCUUCCUCAACCUUGGCCCUCCAGAUGUUUUUGGCCUACAACUCCCAUGAUUCCUAGCUAGCAGAACCAGUAGUCAGGGAUGAUGGGAUUUGUAGUCUCAAAACAUCUGGAGGGCUGAGGUUGAGGAAGCCUGUUCUAGUGAAUUCAGUAGGGCUUACUCCCAGGUAAACAGGCAUACAAAUUACAGCCCAAAUGAAUAGAGUUUAUGGGGAAACUGCAAGGAGGGUAACCCCUGUUUUUGACAGUUGAUCGCUGAUGAAUUGCUUUCAUUUCUACGUAAAUUCUGUCCUUGUAAGAAAUAAUCUGUUGGCUACUACGGAUGUUUAGUAGGAGCAGCUACUUGUUGCAAAUGCAGCACAGUGAGUUGCCAUGAAUAGAAACACUCUUUUUCUCUCCAGCGUCUCUGUUCCCUCACCAUGUUUUAAAUAUGGCAUGUUUGGAAAUGUCGGUUUUCAAAUGCGUCAUUAUAAAAGCAAAUGUAAAUGCUGAAAGGAAGUAUAGAAGCUUGUUCCUUUAAAUGUACAUUACUGAAGCUGAAACAAUAAAAUAAAGUUUAAUUAAUUAAUCAUUCCAAAUAUCUAUUGAUUCCAAAGUUUCUCCAAGAUGAACAACAAGGCACUUCUUCUUAGUCUAUGGUUGUUGUUGGUGGGUGGUGGUGGUGGUUGUUGUUGUUGCAGAUUCCCCCUGUGCUGCCUCUCAUACUGUUCUAGAAGGUUCCCCAACACUUGGGGGCAGAUUUUCAGGAAAUACAUAGGGCAUUCAGCAGGAAGAGGAUAUGAAAGGGCCCCAUUCCUUGGAACAGGACUCUGGUCAUGAAGGUGGAAUCCAAGCUAAUGAGAUCAAACUCAUUUAGUGAGUUUAGUGAGUAGGACAAAGUUUGAGGACGAAUCAUGACACUGAAGCUAAUUAAAAUAUUUUCACGUUUGCAUAUUCAAAGCCUUCAUGGGCUGAAUAGGAAAAGGGGAAUUUCACAGUCAGGUAUGCGUAACUUAUUCCUCUGUGAAGAGAACUGGGCGAGUUCAUGACUCGGUGUUUGCACAACAAUUGCAGCUUACUGCUGGAAUGGUAACAAGUAACUUGCAAUUAUACAGUUUUCCUGUACAUACGAAACUGCUAUAACCAGUUGGGCGAGUAAGAUGCCACUGAUUAUUAGUGGCUGUUUAUCAUAAUUAGGCCCAACCACUGGCUUAUUGCCAAACUGGAAAGUGAUUAAGCUAAUCAGAGCUGGCAAAAUAUUUAAAUAUUUUCUGCGCCUGUGUCUCUUUAGGUGCUGGCUCUACACAUCUUUUCUAAAUUCCAGCACAAUAUUCUAGGCACCCCAGGUAGCAUUGCCCCAGCACUGAGCUAAAUUUGUGAAACUUGGCUUCCAUUUAAACUGAAAGUAAAAAAACACACCAUCUCCUUAAAAGAUUAUUGAUAAAGUUUUAAUUUUGUAAUCCUUAAUGGGUGUAGGUAGAAGUUGGCUCAAACCCAAAAUAGAACAGUUUGAGAGGUAUUUUGGGUUCUUCUGCUCUCCCCUACGUAUACACACAUUUUCCUUUUUUUAAAAAGCACCCUCAAAAGAUAGAUUAUAGAGGUAUACAAUAGUAUGUCUCCCGGCUGCAGCACGAGCUUCAAAAGCAGAGACUGCUACAAUUAACAAUUGUUUUAACUGUUUUAAAUUUGUGUGGGUUUGUUCUUAUUGAGGGAAGUCAGAUGUGUCUGGGAGGAGAGGAACUGGAGAGAACACAGGGGCCUCCAGUCACAGUGGUUCAGGGUAGGGGGAAGUGGGGCAGGCCAGGUAAGAGGCACACAGCUCAGGCCGCUGGUGACUAUGCUGUGUGCUAGCCCUUCCUCUAACCUGGGGAAUUGCUGUUGUCCCUUCAGCCAGCCCUUAGCUCUAUGACUUCUGUUGCUGAAUGCCAGGCUGGCUCUGAGUAAGACCUCCCUCAUCCCUCUUCCAUGCUCUGAUUAUAGAUGAGGAAGCUGGUCUGGUCCGUAUCACUGAAACCUGGGUAGGCGAGCAGAAGGGAGUUGGUCUCACACAGCUGUGCCCACCUGGAUACUCAGGGCAGCGUCAGAGCAGACUUGAGGGCUGGGAAGGGGGAGUUGCUGUGGUUUAUAGACAUUCUCUCUCUCUCAACCUUGUGAUGUUCAGAUGAAGGACAGUAUCUGAGAAAGGAAUGCGUGGCCUCCAUAACUUAAAUUUACUUUUCCUCAUUGUAGGCCUCUGCAGGGCUGGCUCAAGGCCUUCUGGCACCUGAGGCAUGCCAUGGAUGCUUCCCCAUCACCACAGAUCCGGACCCACGCCCUGGUGGGGUGGGAGGAGCAUGCCGCCUGAGGCGGGUUGUGUCACUGGUGUGUCAGCCAUGCUAGGGCAGGAAGCUAGCUUAGAGGCUGCAGGGCAGACCACAUGGCACACCUUUCUAGCCAAUGUCCAGCUCUCUGAAUUUGCCACCUGAGGCAGCUACCUCACUCUACAUCAUGGUAUGGCCGGCCCUGGACUCGUGGCUUUGCUGUCAACAACAACAACAUUAAAGAACAAUGUAACCUCAGGGUUGCAUUCCCCUUCCACUGUCUACCAAAGUCAUGAGGCUAUAUCCGAUUGCAGCAUCGGAUUGAGCUGUGUUUUAAGCUGGCUUUACUUUUAAAAUCAAUAGCCAUGAUGGGAAAGGGUUAGCUGCAAAUGCAAGAGACAUUAUGGAAACAAUAUUCAAAUACGGUGCUUUGCUUAGCCAUAAAUAUCCACAUACUGUAAUAUCCAUACACUAAAAAUGCAUAAAUAGAUUCUCCACCCCAAUCCUUUUUUUUGUAGAUGGGAAUCUUUUGGCUAUCGGAAUAUUGGCAGCAUUUUCUGAGCCAGAUUUUUAAUUUAUUUUAGAAUUGUAGGGAGAUUUUCAUAUUCCUGAUCGACCUAAUCAGUCAAUCAAAUCUUUAUUACAGUCAUAGAUCAGCACAAGUAGGGUGCGGGUACAAUCAUUUAGAAUCUGUAAAACGUUUUGGAAAGCUAAAAAGUAUUAAAACAGAAGGUAUACUAAUCAACUUUAAAAAUGAUUAACCUGGAAAACCCAGGAGUGUUUGGUUGUACAAAUAGCCCACGUUGAAACAAGUGCUUCUUCCAUGGCGGGUAUAAAUAAAGGAAGGUAGAAAAAGAUGGGAAUAAAUAAACAAAUCACCUCCUUUUUGCCCUCCUCCAUGAUACACACAAACUACCUCUCUCUCAGGAUUUUUGUGGUCAUCUGAAAAAGGCACUUGUCUGCUUUUUGUGUGUUCCUCUUGUCGCAGAAGUUUCCUACCUUUCUUACUAAGGUCACACAAAUGUUGGUUUCAAGCUCUUGUUUGUGGAAUGAUCAGCAAUUGCUGGUUAAUAAUAAUAAUAAUUUCAUUUGUACCCCGCCCAUCAGUGACUGGGCUGCCCUUGCCACACUAAUUACCUUGAUGUCCUUUUACUUCCCUUGGAGGUUUUUUGUUUUUUGUUUGUAUUUUAAGUAUCCAAAAUAUAAUGCUUGAAAUAUCAACUGGUGUGCUUUUUCUUUUGCAGUAAAACGCUAUAUCAGGAAAGGCAUUCCAAAUGAGCACCGUGCACUGGUUUGGAUGGUGGUGAGUGGUGCUCAGUCCCACAUGGAACAAAACCCUGGAUAUUACCAGAAAUUACUUGAAGGAGACAAAAAUGAGAAGCUCGUGGACACAAUUAAGACAGGUUAGCAUCUAAACAUAGAUGUGGUUGUCCAAUCUAGUCUGCUGUUUACCAAGGAGCCUGUAGCCAAGUAUUCCGUGGAUAGAGAGACAAGUGUGGGAAUUUGUUUGUUUGUAUAUUGUAUUUCAUCUGAAGACCACAGGGUGGUUCACAACAUAAAUAUCCAAAAUCAGGACACAAAAUACGUAAUAAAACAAACAAACAAACAAACAAACAAACCAGUAGCACCCCUUCCACAAACACAUUUAAAAUGCCAUAUAAUGUUAAUCAGUCAAAGGCCUGGCUUAUAGAGAAACGUUUUUGCCUGGUGCCUUUGUGGACUUGUGCCUUGGUUUUGGAGACAAAUGAAAACCUGACCCUUUGCAGAAGCAAUGGUGUUUGUGUUCAGUGUGGGACAUUCUCUUGGCAAUUCCUAUGCAUAUACAGUGGUACCUCGGGUUACAUACACUUCAGGUUACAGACGCUGCAGGUUACAGACUCCGCUAACCCAGAAAUAUUGCCUUGGGUUAAGAACUUUGCUUCAGGAUGAGAACAGAAAUCAUGCAGCAGCGGCAGCAGGAGGCCCCAUUAGCUAAAGCGGUGCUUCAGGUUAAGAACAAUUUCAGGUUAAGAACGGACCUCCAGAACGAAUUAAGUUAACCCGAGGUACCAAUAUAUGUGUGUGUGUAUCUAUAUAUCUCUAUCUAUCUAUCUAUCUAUCUAUCUAUCAUCUAUCUAUCAUCUAUCUAUCUAUCUAUCUAUCUAUCUAUCUAUCUAUCUUUUCCUGCUCAAAUGGAUUAUUUGGCUUGAUAGUCUGCCAGACUGGUACCAGCAGUAUCUCCAUCAGUAUCUCCAUAGGUCUCAAGUGAGGUUGUGUAUACACUGACCCAUCCAUAGUAAUAAUAAUAAUAAUAAUAAUAAUAAUAAUUUAUUAUUUGUACCCCGCCCAUCUGGCUGGGUUUCCCCAGCCACUCUGGGCGACUUCCAUAGAAACCAAAAAUACACUAAAAUAUCACACAUUAAAAACUUCCCUGAACAGGGCUGCCUUAAGAUGUCUUCUGAAUGUCAGGUAGUUAUUUAUCGCUUUGACAUCUGAUGGGAGGGCGUUCCACAGGGCAGGCGCCACUACCGAGAAGGCCCUCUGCCUGGUUCCCUGUAGCUUUGCUUCUCGCAAUGAGGGAACUGCCAGAAGGCCCUUGGCGCUGGACCUCAGCGUCCAGGCAGAAUGAUGGGGGUGGAGGCGCUCCUUCAGGUAUACUGGGCCGAGGCCGUUUAGGGCUUUAAAGGUCAACACCAGCACUUUGAAUUGUGCUCGGAAACGUACUGGGAGCCAAUGUAGGUCUUUCAAGACCGGUGUUAUGUGGUCUCGGUGGCCGCCCCCAGUCACCAGUCUAGCUGCCGCAUUCUGGAUUAGUUGUAGUUUCUGAGUCACCUUCAAAGGUAGCCCACAUAGAGCGCAUUGCAGUAGUCCAAGCAGGAGAUAACUAGAGCAUGCACCACUCUGGCGAGACAGUCCGCGGGCAGGUAGGGUCUCAGCCUGAGUACCAGGUGGAGUUGUUAGACAGCUGCCCUGGAUACAGAAUUGACCUGCACCUCCAUGGACAGCUGUGAGUCCAAAAUGACUCCCAGGCUGCGCACCUGGUCCUUCAGGGGCACAGUUACCCUAUUCAGGACCAGGGAGUCCUCCACACCAGCCCGCCCCCUGUCCCCCAAAACAGUACUUCUGUCUUGUCAGGAUUCAACUUCAAUCCAUUAGCCGCCAUCCAUCCUCCAACCGCCUCCAGGCACUCACACAGGACCUUCACCGCCUUCACUGGUUCUGAUUUGAAAGAGAGGUAGAGCUGGGUAUCAUCUGCAUAUUGAUGGACACCCAGUCCAAACCUCCUGAUGAUCUCUCCCAGCGGCUUCAUAUAGAUGUUAAAAAGGACGGAACCCUGAGGCACCCCACAAGUGAGGGCCCAGGGGUCUGAAUGCUCAUCCCCCACCACCACUUUCUGAACACGGCCCAGGAGGAAGGAGCGGAACCACCGUAUAACAGUGCCCCCAGCCCCUCUAGACGGUCCAGAAGGAUGUUAUGGUCGAUUGUAUCAAAGGCCGCUGAGAGAUCCAGCAGAACUAGGAAACAACUCUCACCUUUGUCCCUAGCUCGCCGGAGAUCAUCAACCAGCGCAACCAAGGCAGUUUCAGUCCCAUGAUGAGGCCUGAAUCCCGAUUGGAAGGGAUCCAAAUGGUCCACAUCCUCCAGGUGUGCCUGGAGUUGUUCAGCAACCACGCGCUCAAUCACCUUGCCCAAGAAUGGAAGAUUUGAGACUGGGCGAUAGUUGGCCAUACUGGCCGGGUCUAAAGAUGGUUUUUUAAGAAGCGGUUUAAUGACCGCCUCUUUCAGCGGAUCUGGGAACGUUCCCUCACAGAGGGAAGCAUUCACCACCCCGCAGAGCCCAUUGCCCAGCCCUUCCCGGCUUGCUUUUAUUAGCCAGGAUGGGCAAGGAUCAAGGAGACAGGUGGUUGGUUUCACACGUCCAAGCCGCCUGUCCACAUCCUCGGGGGUAACGGAUUAAAAUUGAUUCCAUGCAACUUGACCAGACAGAGCUCUAGCACUCUCCCGCCCCAGCCCUGCUCCCACGGUGGUGUCUAGCUCCUUCUGAAUAUGAGUGAUUUUAUCUGCAAAAAACUUUGCAAAAUCGUUGCAGGAGAUCUUGGGGUCUUUACAAGGCCCCGGUGGUAAAGGUGGUUCCGUUAAAUUGCGAACCAUCUGAAAGAGUCUCCUGCUACUAUUUUCUGCAGAUGCAAUAGAGGCGGUGAAGAAAGUCUUCUUCGUCGUUGCUAUCGCCACUUGGUAGGCUCGACGUUGAGCUCUAACCUGUGUCCGGUCAGAUUCGGAGUGAGUUUUCUGCCACCGACGCUCUAGCCGUCUCAACGAUUGUUUCAUCGCCCUCAGCUCCGAAGAAAACCACGGGGCUGUCCGGGCUCCAUGCAAUCGGAGAAGGCGCUUCGGAGCCAGACAGUCGAUAGCCCUGGUUAACUCCACAUUCCAGCGGGCCACCAGGGAAUCAGCUGAAAGGCCAUCAACAUGGGAUAAAGCAUCCCCUACCACUCUCUGGAAACCAUUUGGAUCCAUUAAGUUGCGGGGGCAGACCAUCCGAAUUGGUCCCACCUCCCUGCAGAGGGGAAGGGUCGCGGAGAAGUCCAGUUAAACCAUAGCACAGAAAUGUAGUUUUUCUCAGUCCAGAAUCAUUCAUGGUUGUCCUCAACAUGCUGCUUUCAGUUUAGAUUGUUGCUAGAUCCUGUCGUCCACAAGGGUUACUGGCUAUGCAUUUUAAAACUCUCCCCUUUAUCAGUCAUGCCUUUCCCUCCCUGCACAUGCUACAGGUGAAUGAAGAAGGAAGUGGUGAUGCUCACCCACAACAUCAUUGGGCCUGGUGUGGGUACCUCCCUGUUCCCAUUGCUGGAACUGUUCACAUUGGUUUUCACACGGGGGGGUUACAGAGAACUGAUUUGCAAUGAACUUUUAUUUUUGGAGUGAAACCAAUUUCACAAGCAAUGCUUUUCAGGGGCAAUAAAUAAAUGCAUUAGAUCUAGAUUAUGUUUGGAUUAUAUUGGGGGGGGGGAAUACUCUUUCUCUGUUGAUUCUAGAAUAAAAUGUCAGUUUCUGCAAGUAUAACAAGCCUCUCAGAAUAUCAAGGCAGUGUACAGAAACCCUUUAAAAGCAAUGCAGUACAAACAUUAAGAUGACUGCAGCGAUACCACCACAUAGUUAAUGUUCUAGGCAAGCAACUAUGGUGAUUAUUCAAGGUCAUUGGAAUCUUGUAAAGGAUAAUCCCCGGAAUGCAAAGAAACAAUAAAAGACUUCUCUGCAGUCCUGAGGGAGAUGGGAUAAUGUUAAAUCCAUGGACAGUCGACAGACGAAAUAGACACACAGUUGUGGCACCUUUAAAGACACAACAAAUUUAUUAUGGCAUGAGCUGUUGUGAAUUACAGUCUAUUUCAGAGUUGUUUAGAGUCAACCUUCCCUGUUUAUAGACAUAUAGCAUUUUGCCUGCAUUGCUGAAGAAUAAAAGGUUUCUUAAAGCCUGUAAUGCUGAUCUUCUUCCCGUACAGAAAACCAUGUUCAAUGUGCAGAUGUUUAAAAACAACAACCUGAUAUUGAGGACAGGGCUAAAAUCAUGACGCUGUUCUGCUUGUUCAGUUCUGUAUUUGAGCAUCCCCUACACACACAAGUCAUGCAUCCAUAAGGCUGCUUCGAUUCUUUCAAUAGGACAGCUGAACCGUAUUGUUGAUCAGUCAGGGAAUCCCAGAUAGAUAACUUGCUGUCAACUAUUGAGUUCAUGGGUGAGAAGGCAACUUCAGAUCCCAAGACUUUGGUCCAUGAAUCAUAUUGCUUUAUAGAUACAUUUUUAAUUUUUGCUGUUUCCUUUUUUUACAUUUUAGACAUGAAUAGGACAUUUCCGGAUAAUGUAAGGUUCCGCAAAACUGCUGAUCCCUGCUUACAGAAGACACUCUACAACGUAUUAGUGGCAUAUGGGCACCAUAAUCAGUCUGUGGGAUACUGCCAGGUAUGUGACAUUCGGAAUGCAAUCGUGAGCUUCUUUUAAAGCAAAGCAUUUACAACUUGGGUGGCCUUGAUGGCAAUGCAAGAUUUGAGAAAUGUAGAUUUGAUGCACUUAACCUUCCCACCCUUCUAUUUUAGUCCUUAGUCAAUAUCUUAAAUUUGCCAUAGUUUAGUACUUUCCAGUUUGCUCCUUUAUUUGGAACUUCCCAGCCCUAUCCAAAACAGCCUCUUGCGACUGGUGCUCAGAGACCCUCGCACCACCUCACAUGCGAACAAUACCUAUCGAACUUACACCAUCAUUGCAUAUCAAACUGCCGUAGGUAUAAAGUGAGUUGCUACUGUUCUCUAAAAUGCACUGUAAACCUCAACAUUGGUUGGGAGACCUUUUUAAAGCAAAAAUUAGACGUUUCUUUAAAAGAAGGCGAAGCCUUUUCUGCAAGGUAAAAGAUUGCUUGCUGAAAAAAGUGCGCUGGGGGGUGGGGGCAGAUUGCUUUGAGUCCUUUCAAACACCCACCAAGUGUGGGACAAUGCUUGCGAACCUGGGGCACCCGAGUUUGUGUUUCAGCAAGACCUUCCUAAUGCUUGUAAUGUUAAUGUGCCUGACAGUUAACUCCCUGAGAAACAUCACUGUGAACUCUGAAGUUAGUGUUGCCUUGCUAUUGUACGCUGCAGUACUAUGCUUCAGUGCAUGAGCUUUUAUGCUGGCAUGUACAAUUUAGUUUGCUCCAUGAAUGUCUGUUGAGGGGCACUCUUUUGUUGCAGUGCCAAAUAACCCUCUGUCACCAUGGUUGCUAUUGUUGAGCAAGCUGGCAGUCUGAGGGCUGAAAACGUACCCUCACAAUUGGAGGGCAAAUACCCCCAUAAAGUAGAAUAGAGGGUUUUGUUGUUGCUGUUUACAACAUCUGUUAGCUUUUUUACAUUUCGGGGGAAAUUGGAAACAAACGUUUUUGAACCAUGCCCACUAGGCACAAACAGAUGGUUAUGAAUUCUUGGUAUUAAAAAGCCAAACAACUGGAACUAUUUUGGAUUAACUGAACUACUAGUUAUGGGACAACUCUUCAUUUAUCCAGGAGUCAGUCCCCCCCCCCCCCAUCUUCCUUCUUGAAACCAAAUGCAUUGUUUAUGAAAUAAAAAUGAGAGCGCCUCGUUCUUUUCCAUGGAAGAUGAUGGUAAAGAAGAGUGAUUGGUGAAAGGUUCAGGGAGGUUUCAAAAGAAAGAGAUGAAACAGGAGAUGCAUUCAAAGGCCGGAUCUGACAGACUGCAAUUGAUACUAGUGUCCAUGAAUGUUUUAAAACGAUCUUACAACUUGUACACUUCAGACUUGCGGACUAGCAAUUGCUGUGAGUGUGACUAGGAUGGCUGCAAAGGAAAUUCAUGGCAGGGUGUGUGUGUGUGUGUGUGUGUGUGUGUGUGUGUUGCAGAAAUAGAAAUAACAGCACAACCCUAUCCAUGUCUACUCAGAAGUAAGUCUUAUUGAAUCCAUUGGUGGCUAACUCCCAGGUAAAUAGGGUUAGGGUUGCCGUCAAAUGUGAGCUAAUAUUAUGAUGAACUUGACGCAGUCCUACUCUUCCCCACCACACAGACAGCAUUGAAAAUGCAUUUCUUGCACAGAGACUGCCUUUUGUCUGCUCUUUCUUCUCCAUGCCAAUUAGCCACAUCCAUGCCAAUUAGCCACAUAAAUCAUUGAGUUAAUUGCCAUUUCGCUACUUAACCCAAAUUAUAUCAAUGCUUGUGAUGAUGCACUCAUCUGGUUCUGGUCCAUGGCUGACUGCCUGGGGACCACAUGCAUCCUGCCUUUGGUUCUGUGAUGAAAGAAAGGUAGGGCAUAAAUGUAAGGAAACAAAAAUAAAACAACGUUACAUCUUAUGAUGCAAAAACCAAACAAUGCAGUUGUAUUUCCUGUGUUGCUUUUGUGUGUUAUACUUCAAAUAGCCAAGCUGUGAACAGGCUGUAAUUCUGGAGUCAGCUGUAGAAUUCCUAACUGGUAUUUUUUUAAAAACACACCUAAUUACUCUGGGAAAAGUUUGAGUAUUAUCAUUGGCUCAAAGUAAAGGAGUGUGCUUGGGGUGAACACUCAGUGAAAAACACAACUGGGAGCCAUUUUGGCAUAUAAGCGGUAUAUAAAUUAAUAAAUAACAAUAAAUGAAAACGGGGCUUAUUCACAUCCCUGAAUACCGCUUCUCUUUUAUGCAUUCAUUUGUGGUCAUCCAAGCAGUUUUCAUCCGUCAUUAUUCAAGGCAGUGGAAUUCUAGACUUCGCACAACUAUAAAUGGAGACUUAAGUCUGUGUGAUCUUAAAGUCAAAGUGGCCCAAACAUUAUUUUCCUUUUAAUGUAGCCUUGGCAAUUGAAGUGUUUUACUCUUGCAUCUGCAGCAAGAAAUUGCUCACAACACUUUUAAAACUGACUCUUGAUAAGCGUGAAUUACCAUUAGGUCCUCCCUCUGCCCCUUGCAUUUAUUAUCUUGGCUCCUUUUAAGAUUACUUUUGUCAGCAUUGUAUCAAGCUAAUUAGAUAAAUUGUUCCUUUGUGUUUUAGGGCAUGAAUUUCAUAGCAGGCUACCUGAUUCUUAUCACAAGGAAUGAAGAGGAAUCCUUUUGGUUAUUAGACGCUCUCAUUGGUCGAAUAUUGCCUGGUAGGUCAAACUCCCACCAUUUCUAUCUUUGUGUCACAGAUAAUUUCCUGUGUUUGAGCUAAGUAAGAGUGACUAUCAAAUGGGUAGUCUAAUCAUAUAAUAUCAUAACUCCAGAGAAUUACCCAAUUACUACAUUGAAAGCAGUUCUCUGUAGGAAAUAGCAAUCACAUUCCUCUAUUCAUUCUAUUUACACUUCCCUUUUGUAUACGUAGCAAAAUACAUGUUGAUAUAUUCUUCUCUUUUUACUAUCUGCGAGCACAUAGCAUAGCAUUUUCUGGCAUUUGGGUUAUUUCCUUCCAUAAGAGGCCGUACGUCCUAUCACAACAUAAUCCUAUACUAUAUAUAUAUAUAUAUAUACACACACACACACACAGAGAGAGAGAGAGAGAGAGAGAGAGAGAGAGAGAGAGAGAGUGAUAUAUAUUGGAAAGUUGCACAGAGCUAAAACAGACCAUAGAAUUUGUGAUAUUUCCAUGCAAAAAUGCUCCCCCAAAUAUUUGUGGUGGGUGGCAAGGGGUGGGGCCGUGGCCCCCCUAGAUGCGUUCCAUUGACCCCAAAGUGUCCCCGGGCCCCUAAUUGGGAACCACUGCUCUAUACCAAAAAGCAUGUACCACAGAGAAAACCUGGAAGAUGUUUCUCACCUAGCCUUUUCUGACAUGCCGGCUAUCUGUGUAUGAGGAAUGUCUUCUUCAUGGUACAUCAUUCCAUCAUGUGAGCUCCCACCUGCAAUAUAAAGUGCUGCAGUCUGGACAUAGACAUAGUUGGUGUUUUGCUGUACUUCUCAUCCUUUACAAAAGGCAGGCAGGCAGCAAGGAAAGGAAAAACCUACAUAAAAAGAAUCUGCGAAAUUGAACCAGAGCACUUCUGUUCAUUUGCAUGUUAAUUAAAAUAGUUAAGGUGUAGUACAAUAGGAACUUCUAAAGCAUGCUUCUUAAAAAGGAAAUGGAAUCUUUAGUGGUUCAUUCAUCUUCCAGUGACUGGAACUGGAACUGCUAGAUGUAUUUUUUUAAGAGCAUGUCUUUAGAAGGAAGGCCUGGGGUACAAAACCUGUGACAUCUUGAAAGUCUUGUUUGCUUUUGAAUUAUUUUUGCUACAUUCCUUGUUUUUGUUUUUUGAAAAUAGUUUAUUAACCAUUAUCCCAAAGAUAAUGGGAAUUUUCAAGACACCAGAUAGCGGUCUCUCUUCCCCCUUUCUGCUCUACCCAACAAGAAGCAAUUCACAGUGAAAAUGUGUAACUACAACCUAGCAGAGAGUUCAAAGUUGCUGGACCUGAAUCCAGCAUUUCAAAGUUGCUGGAUCUGAAUCCAGAAUUUCAAGCAUUGUACAGAUCUAUUUGCAGCAUCCUUGAAAUCUGAUCAGUUCCUCAGUAGCGGACAGGACAAUUGAGGUGCUUUUGGUGUUUUGAGAGUUCUGAGAAGAUGCCUUUAAAGAUGCCUUUAAACAAAUGCUCCUAAAAGUAUGAAUGCAAGCAUAGCCUUGAUUCUUUCUCCUUUAAAAAAUGUUUGAAUAAAUGCACAUCUUUCAUAAGUUGGGUGGGCUGCCAAGUAUUGGGGAAUAGUCCCCCCCCCAUGUCCCCAAGUGCUGCACUUAAUCUCUUCUUCACAAGAGUGAAUAAUCACUAGACACUGACGUAGGAAAAAAUGAAGAGGUGUGUUUGGGGGAUGUUGUUGGAGGGCUAGAAUCUUCUGGAUAUAGACUGCAACUUGCCAAUUUUCAUUUUGACUUCUUAAGUAUUUGGGCUGUCUUUUCCCAGUUAAACAUCCAAAGUUUUUCUAAAACUUUCUUGCAAAAGUGGGUACAGCAACCUUGUGUUGAAGUCUAAAUGGGCAUGCAUAUGCCGUGUUUCAAAAGAUGAUUCUUCAGCUUCUUUGCAUUGUUGAUCUGAAGAUGGAGAUUUAAAAGUAGAAAAGGUCAGGGAACUGCACCAUGCUCUAUUUCUGGAUAUUCUUUUUAAUCCAUUUGUGGCAGAGAACAAGUCCACAAUAGCCUUUAUAAUCUUUAUUCCUUAUUCCCUGCAAAUCUCAUUACUGGUCCAUAGAAGAGUUUGGAAGAAGAGUUUGGAUUUGAUAUUCCGCUUUAUCACUACCCUAAGGGGUCUCAAAGCAGCCAACAAUCUCCUUUCCCUUCCUCCCCCACAACAAACACUCUGUGAGGUGAGUGGGGCUGAGAGACUUCAGAGAAGUGUGACUAGCCCAAGGUCACCCAGCAGCUGCAUAUGGAGGAGUGGGGACGCGAACCCGGUUCACCAGAUUACGAGUCCACCUCACUUAACCACUACACCACACUGGCUCUCCCAUAAGACAAUAAAGCAGCUGCAACUUUAUUGAUGCUUUAUUAAAGAUUGUAAUAUCAAGACUCAAGCAAAUCUGGCAAGCAGAAUUCUGUUGAAUUGUGAGCCCUAAAAGCCACUGUGUGUGUGAAAAUACCGAGUCCCAGUGAUGAGCAUCAUCAUAACCCUAUAGGGAUCUCACGUGCCUUAUCUUAGGAGUUUUUCCUCUGUCAGUGCUGCAGCAGAUGCAGUUUUCAGCUGUUGUCUGAAUCAGAGGUAUAUAUUGUGAGUUAAGAGGAAGCAGUAUAAAGCAUACCUCUGUCCAGCACAUUGGGAAAAACAGCGCUCUCUCACUCUCUCUCUAACUUGGAUAGGGAACAUAAUCUCUUAGAUCACUUUUACCUAUUUUUUAAAAAGGAAGCAAACACAUAUCAAGCUUCAACUGUUUUGUAAUGCCAGUGCAAACCUACAAUGGCCAGCACUCACAUUUUAAUUUCUUAUGCCUGUGUCUCACAAGGAUAUCUUUGGACUACAUCAUAAAUUUGCAUGAGAGAGAGAGGCUCAAAAGCUAUUGAACUCUUCCAGGUGAAAACAUUGGUUUUCCUUUGGUAAUUGCAAGUUAAUGCAGUUAAUACAAUUGGUUAAGUAACACGUCAACAUCACACUGCAACGAUUUCCCAAACAGCCUUUCAAGCUGAUACACAAAUACUAAAACCACUUCAGUAAAAUGCAGGUUUGGUACUUAAGGGAGCUAGCUUUCCUUUGUCUCUAUUGCAGCUGUGUAUUUUGUGGUGUUGUUUUUUGUAGUGUCGAAUACAACUCACUUGGUCUAUGACAAAACUUGCUGCCUCAAGCCUUCCAGCUAUUUCAUGACUUCAAAGGCUGGUUGCUCCAAGAACAGGACAUUCUAAAUCUGUUCACAAACGAAGGAGCUUGAAUGUCACAGGGCUGGUUUUGAUGCUUCAGAUUUUAACUGAUCAUAUUUGAUUAUAUUAAGUGAUAUUUGAAAUUGUGGGAAUGGCAAGCAAAGUAAUGACGAGAUAGAAGGGAAAGAUGCAGGUAAUACAGGACAUUGGAUAAAUCUCAGUUAGACAUGUUCAUAGAUGAACUGAAUAAAUCAAGUUAACAUAGGAUGAUUAGAAUUGUUAAAAACAGGACACAGUUAAUUUUAAGUUUUUAUCUCCGCCGUGAAUCAGUCUCUUUCCUCCCCUCAUCACUGAGCUGCAGUAGGUGACAACAUAUGCCAGGCUUCCUCAGACUUGGUUUUCCAGAUGUUUUUGGCCUACAACUCCCAUGAUCCCUAGCUAGCAGGGCCAGUGGUCAGGGAUGAUGGGAAUUGUAGUCUCAAAACAUCUGUAGGGCAGAGGUUGAGGAAGCCUGGCAUAUGCCAUGAAACUUAUUCCCUUUGAGUUUUUACCUAGUCCAUGCACACGGGAUGGUUUGUUGCUUAGCAGAAGUUAGUGUAUCUGUAGCUUAAGCCACUCCAUAGAAUUGGAUGUGCUAUAAUAGUCUUUUAGUGGACCAACUAUACCAUUUCUGAGUGCCUCAACUGGUAAAGAUCUCCAUCAUAGGCAGUGUUCAGAACUCCCAUUGUUCUAGGUGCAUUUUAUGACAUGGAAUUUCAUUAGCGCAGGCAGUUCCUGAGCUCUGGGCGCAGUACUGCGUCUAAGAUUUCGGAUUAAAACUGCAGAGUGUAAGAAAGGAGGACCUUUUUCUGUCUCCUCACUUCCAGCUACUCUCUGAAGACUGGGGAAGAGACCCUCUUAAGAAUAUUAGGGGUGGGCAGGGGAAGGACCAGACCAUGUGAAAAAUGAACAUAAUAUUUUAGCAGCAGUUCAUUCAUUUUCAGCUUUGUACUCUUGUUAUAAAAAAGCGCACCCAGACAUAUUGUUGUUGCAUCCAUAACCAAGGUUUAAGGUGCCCCUAGCUUUCAUAUUUCAGUUUCUAACAUUGAUCAUAGGCUUGACUCAUAGGCUUUGAUUCUUUAAAUAGGUAGCUACUGGGUGUAAGGCUCUCUUAAUAGUGGCUCCUUGGCUAUGGAAAUCUCUCCCCUUAUCUUGGUUGGUGCCCUACUUGAUCAUCUUCCAACACUCAGUAAAAGCAAUUCUUCAUUUCUGGGCUUUUUCUUGGUACUCUAGGAGCCAAGGGCAUCCCUAAAGUUGAUGGGCAUUGCCAUUCAAAUGGUGUGCAUGCACUGUGUCUUGUGAUCAAUUCUGCAGGGUGAGGCCUGCCUACCCCUACCCCUGCUCGAUAGUAUUUAAAUGGCUCUUGCGAGUUCCAGUACAGUGGUACCUUGGUUUACAACCAUAAUCGGUUCUGGCAGUCCAUUUGUAAACCAAAACAGGUUGUAACCCAAGGCACGCUUUCGCCAAUGGGGCCUCCAAACAAAUUUGUUCAUAAUAAAAAAAAAAUGGGUUGUAAUACAAAAAAAGUUUGCAAACCGGAACAUGCACUUCUGGGUUUGACAUGUUUGUAAUCCAAAACAUAUGCAUACCAGACUGUUUGUAAACCAAGGUAAAGGUAAAAGGACUCCUGACCAUUAGGUCCAUUCGUGGACGACUCUGGGGUUGCGGCGCUCAUCUCCCUUUACUGGCGUACAGCUUCCGGGUCAAGUGGCCAGCAUGACUAAGCCGCUUCUGGCGAACCAGAGCAGCGCACGGAAACGCCGUUUACCUUCCCGCCGGAGCAGUACCUAUUUAUCUACUUGCACUUUGAUGUGCUUUCGAACUGCUAGGUUGGCAGGAGCAGGGACUGAGCAAUGGGAGCUCACCCGUUGCGGGGAUUCGAACCGCUAACCUUCUGAUCGGCAAGCCCUAGGCUCUGUGGUUUAGACCACAGCGCCACCCGCGUCCUUGUGUAAACCAAGGUACCACUGUACUAUUAUCUCAAGUUUUGCUGUUUUUUAUUUUUGUGGUUUGAUUUUAAAUAUGUUUUUCUACACUGCCUGUUUUGCAGAAAGGGCCCUCCCUCUUUCUAUUUUGUGCCUGGAUGUUAAUAUUCCAUGUGCAAUAAGGCACACUCUGCGUGGCAGUGAUGCCAGAGAGAAUCCAUAGAACACUGGGGCACAGACUUGGAAAACUUAAUUUCUUUUUGACCUCUGUGCUCAGUUGGUGCUAGUAUUUUCUGGUCAUGAAAGCACAGUAACCCAAUAAUGGCACGCCUAGGCUCAGUCUCGUUUUUUAGCAGCUUGGAAAGGUGCCCUGCUAGCCUUGUGGGAGCUUUACCAUUCGUUUUCUGCUCUGAAGACUGAAAGCAGCAACUGCUGUUCCCUGUCCACAGAUCAAGUGAUUAAUGUUGAACAUGAUGCAAUGACUUAUGCCAAGUUACAGAGCACCCUCUAGAGGCUUCCUUAAGAAAAUCUGUUUAUUUUCUGUAUUUCUUUUAAAUACUUAGUUUAUGUAAAAAAAAGGGGGGGCGAUUACUUGAAUGGGAUUACUUGGUUGCCUGUCUGACAACUUUUUUUGCCACCUGCCCCCAAGCCUAUUAUGGUGCCAACAGCAGUUUCUGUAGUCUUGAAUUACAUUUAGCAACUUUAUAUUUUCAGGUGCCUGUGAUGGACUGGGAAUUAGCUUGGAGCAGUUUCUCUAGGGCUUAUCAGGCAGGACCCCAUCCAGAAUGAGACCCAGGGACCCACAAAUGUAGUUUCUGAUGACUACCAGUGCUCACAAAACCAUUUUUGCAACCAGCUGCCCCUGAUCACUGUGCACAAAGUAAGAACCCUCCCUUCCCCUGAGUUUUCGGAGAGUCUUGCAGAACUUAAUAGGUGAGAGGAGCUAUUGCACUGUGUGGUCCUUGGUGGUGACAAAUCAUACUAAGGCUGGCACUAAUUUAUGGAGCCGUACUGAGACCUUUUCGAGUUCAAAUAACUCUGACAAUUGCAUGUGGCCUUCGAAUGUUUUGUGGACCCACAUGUUAUAGGUAGGGCCUGAGAUGCUUUGAAGGAUAAAUCCCCAAAGGUACCACAUAUAGUCACACACAGCUGUUUAUCUGUCAACUGUGCAUUUGUGUAUCUAGAGUUGGGUCUGCUCAAGUCAUGGAACACAGGGCACUUUGACAGCCUCUCCUAGUUAUAGCGCAAUCUGAGCCCUCUUAACAGCUGUCACAAUAUGUGGAGUUGAGCCCUUUACUCUUGAAGUGGAAAGACAUGCUGCAAUUUUACCUUUUGAAAAAUGAGCUCUUUCCCUUCCCCAUAUACUGUUUUUCUUUUUAAUGAAUGAUAGCACUUGGAUCAUUUUGGUGAUUAGCUUUUGUUUCCCCCCUUCCCCCCCUCUUAAAGAUUAUUAUAGUCCAGAAAUGAUGGGUCUGAAAACAGAUCAAGAAGUUCUUGGAGAGCUUGUGAAAAUGAAAGUUCCUGCCGUUGCAGAAUUAAUGGAGAAACAUGGCAUCAUGUGGACUUUGCUGGUAUCGCGUUGGUUUAUAUGUUUGUUCAUUGACAUUCUUCCAGUAGAGGCAAGUGAGAACUUGAUGGUAUUUUUAGCUGUGUGGGUUUUGUUUUUGUUAAUGACAUGGGCUAUAUAUAUGCUUUAGUGAUGCCUUUAAACAAAAUCUUGUCUCCUACAGACUGUACUUCGAAUUUGGGACUGCUUGUUCUACGAGGGAUCAAAAAUAAUAUUUCGUGUGGCCUUAACACUAAUUAAGCACCACCAAGCUUUCAUUUUGGAAGCCACCAACUUCCCAGAUAUCUGUGAUAGAUUUAAAGAGAUCACCAAAGGACCAUUUGUAACGGAGUGUCACACUUUCAUGCAGGUAGGCGUCCCAUGUUGUAGAGAACUAUAAACUGGCUAGAAACGCUGUUUAUUUGCUGUUGCUUUUCUGCAUACAGUUGUACCUUCAAAGUCAAACAGCCUAGUUCUUGAAAGUUUUGGCUUCCAAAUGAUCGAAAUCCAGAAGUGACUCUUCCAGUUUUUGAACGUUCGAUGGUGCUUCCGAUUGGCUGCAGGACCUUCCUGCAGCCAAUCAGAAGCCGCGCUUUGGUUUUUGAACGUUUUGGAAGUCGAACAGACUUCCAAGGUACAACUGUAUUGCUUCAAUGUGCUUCAUGGUGCUCUUGAACUUGGGUUGGUUGGAUAUAACUAGCAGUGGGUCAAACGCUAUAGGAUAUACCACUAGAGAGAGGAGAUUGAGGCAAUUUUUUUCUGAUGCUCUCUCUAAUCUCCUGUAAUGCUGCUGUCAAAUAGAUGUUCAAGGGAUCCCAAAGACGGCAUCUUUGCUCUGGUGGGAAUUUUCACUGGAUCUCCUUCCCUUCUGCUCACAGAAGAGCAAGUCUGAAUCUGACCCAUCGUUUGCAGUACUGAAGUGACCACUCUGGGACACAAGCCUGGGCAGAGUGUAUGGAGGUGGUCCUGGGCUCCCCAGCCUCGCUGAUGUUGUCCAAGGGAAAGAUCCAUUAUAGUGAUGGGACUACUCAAGGAUGUAAAAUGAAGAACCCACUUGUAAAAAGAAUGAGUGCCCUGACUUACACUAACAAUUUCUAAAUUCUUAAUUCUAGAAAAUAUUUACAGAGCCUGGAAGUCUGAGGAUGGCUACAAUAGAGAAACUACGAGAAACUUGUAGAGCAAAUCUGAUUGCUCAGACAUAAAUGGACAAUAUUUAAAAUAGACAAAAUGCUGCAAAAAAAUGGGCACAUUUCUUCACUUAAUUCCACUGAUACACCUUUUCUUCAGUUUCCAUUAGUGUUGAUUGACAUGACCAAUUCUCUCCAGCUUUCAAGUAAGUUUUGAACUGGGUAAUUUGAUUAUUUUUAUUUUUUGUAAAAACAAAACUUUAAGUUAUAUGAGAAUAAAAUGUGGUCACUGUGGCGGUAACCCUUUUUUUUUUGGAAAAAAUGCACUACAUACCUUCAGAAGAUUUUGUAAUAUUUAAAUACAUAGAUUUAUAAAUAUCAGUAUAAAAAUGCAAAAUAAAUUCUAUUUUGAAAUCUCCUCUUCUUGAAUUUGCAUAGUAAAAUGGGCCUAAGACCUCUAGCAGAAGUAUUUAAGAAGAAUCUUCAGCAGCUGGAAAUAUUCAGUAUGCUUCUACAUGCUGCUGACCUUAAAAAAAUCGAAUUUGGUCUAUGUAUUGAUCACAGGGAGGUUUUGCUGUAUUCCCCCCCCCCCCCCGCCAAGAGGAGUAGGCUGACGCUUGAAAUAGUUUGUGUUGCGAAUCAAUUGUAUGAUUAGGAGCCAUCUGGUAUGCAGAUCUUCGAAUGAAUGGCUACUAGAACAAGCACAGCUUCUAUUUGCACCUCUGAAUUUUUAAGUUGUGUGUGCUUUGUCCUGUUGCGACUGUAUGAUAUAGGGUCUCUACCUGUUAAGUAAGGCUGGGCAAUAUCUGGUCAUUAACAUUGUGAUGCAUCAGCAGCUAAAUGCCAUGAUUUACUGAUAUCAUGAUGUAUCUCGGCUGCUGCUUCCUCUCCACCUUAGGGGAGGAAGAAGCAGCCAAUAUACAUUGCCCAGCCCCAGGCCGUUGUGGCUCACAGUGAGCAAGAGCAGUAUGGGGGCUUGAUCCGUGCCCCUCAGUUGAUCAAGCCCCACCUCCACGCAUAAGAUGGGGGGUGGGGCUUCC